CUAUUCGGACUAUGGAUUUCAACCCCUAUAGCCUAUGUGAACUAUGGAUUGUGGUCCCGGCCCGCGAGGCGCAAUGGCGGAGGCCGUCACCUCCAUGCGGAGGCUGAGGGCGCAGAGAGUGGCGGAGGCCCUGGCUGUUGCUGAUGAGCGACGACGACUCAGCGACACAGGCACCACCACCACCACCUCCUCGACCUCGGCAACGGCUACUAAACCAGUGCUGGACGCUUCGUUCCUGAAGAGUGAGGAGAGACAAAGGCGGGCGAGAGAGAGACGCACGGAAAGAGAGAAAGAGAUUGCGGAACGCGCGGUGGAGGCUGUGCGCAGGGAGACAGCCCUGAGACAACAGAGGGAGGAGACGCGUCUCACGGAGACACGCAGAGACCAGGAGACGCGGAGACACACGCUGCUGCAGAGGCAAACGGAGACACGCGCCAGGCGGGACCGCAUACUGGAACAGAAGCAGGAGUUGUUGAUACAGUCAAUUGAACGCCGCUCACCCGCACCAAGGAGCUCCUCCGUGGGCCGUGAGCGAUCGAGGACCCCGCUGCUCUCCGAGGCGUCCGCGCUGCCCUCACGAGGCACUCAGAGGAGCGCCUCCCUCGGACGCCUUCCAUCUCGCAAGGACCCUGGCAAGGACCCACCGCAGCGGGCGUCUUCAAGCGGCAAUCUCGCAAAGCAGCAGGCGCGGGCGUCCGCGGAGAAACGGCCCCGGGUGCCCAGGGAGGUUCCCGCCAAAGGUCCCUCGAAGAAAAUAAUAAUUGGCGCGUCCGAAAGCAAUCAGGCAGGGGCGUCCGACGUGGUCUCUGCCGAGGACCCCUCGGUGAAGGACCCAGCGGUGGCAUGCGAAGAAAAUCAGGCACAGGUGUCCGCGGACGGUAGCGAAGUAAAAAAUGAAAUAAAAAAUGAAGAAACCUCCGAAGGAUCCUCAAAGGGCUCGGGAGGAGCGUCGACAGUGGAUCUCUCGAAGGACCCGACGGAGGUGUCCGGAGAGAAUCCGGCACCGGGGUGCGGCGAAGUGGUCUCGAAGGACCCCUUCGUGGACCCCACGCAGUCGUCCGUGGAGGUCGCCAGGAAGUGCCUGACCAAAAACUCUGCGCGGGUGUCCAGGGAGGUUGCGAGAAAGGAGCCCGCGAGGACCCCAAUGCGGGCGUCCAGGGAGCUGGCGGGGAGUGCCUGCGCGGGGGUGGGAGAGGGGCUGGGGCGACUCCUGACACCAACCAUCGCCUCCAUGGGCAAGACUCAUCGAGCUGCCUCGCCCGUCUGUCCCCGUUCCCCCGUUCCACCACCCCACUCCCCGUUUCUCCGCAGCCGGAGCCUGGACCGGGCCCCCGGUCGCCGUGGCAACUCCCCCGGUCGCCGUGGCAACUCCCCCGCUCGCCACGGCAACCCCGUGCUUCUGAUUCAAGCGGUGGCGUCGCCCACGGCAACGGUCGCGGCCCAGGUCUCCAAGGCUCUGUACAGCCCGCCGAGCAGCAACAGCCAAAACAACAGCAACAACAGCAGCCGAGACCGUAGCAACAGCCAGAGUAGCAAGAGCUGCAAAAGUAACAGCUGCACAACAACCACCGCCAUCACCGUUGGCAACGGAGCCACCGACAACAGCGCUACAGCCACCCCCACGACAGCCAACACCCCGAGCAGCAACGCUGAGAAGAACAGUCGGACGGCAACCGCAAGCAGGGACGGUGCCGAUGGCAACGGCCCUACAACUACCACCGCUAGCGACAGCCAAACUACUGGCAAGGACAGUCAGACGACAACAACAACCGCAGCUACCACCAGCAGCAGCAGCAGCAAUAAAAUGACAGACGGCAACAGUCAGAUGGCAACAACAACCACGGCUACCACCAGCAACAACAGUCCCACUUCAAUCACCAGCACCGCCAGCAGCAGCAACAACAACAACCAAGUUCCAAACGACAGCCAGACAACAGCCGCAUCAGCCACAACUUCCACGACUGGCAAUAACCAAACCGGCAAGAGGAACAGUCGCACAACACCCUCUGUCACCACGGCUACCGCCACCACCACCACCACCACGACAGCCACCACCAGGAGCGACAACCGAGCCCCUGUCAAGAACAGUCACACGAGAGCCAACACCACCACCACAACCACAGCAACUCGUAGCAACAGUCGACAGCAACAGCCCAAAAAGACGCCUGGCAAUGGCGAGGCCAACAGGCAGCCCGGUAGCCAAGGGAACAGUCAGACCAGCAGAGGCCGUAGCAACACCCGUGACGACGACAACAGUAGUCAGACAGCUGACAACAGACAAACAAAGGGGCGGGCUAAGGGCGGCAGCGUUGCCCGUAGCAACAGUCGGACUGUCAGGCGGGCUGACGGCAAAGCCGACAGGCAGGCUGACGGUCAGUCUGACUUACAGGCAGACAGCCAGAGUAGUCACCCAACUGACUCACAGGCAGACAGCCAGAGUAGUCACCCAACUGACUCACAGGCAGACAGUCAGAGUAGUCACCCAACUGACUUACAGGCAGACAGCCAGGGUAGUCACCCAACUGACUUACAGGCAGACAGCCAGAGUAGUCACCCAACUGACUCACAGGCAGACAGCCAGAGUAGUCACCCAGCUGACUCACAGGCAGACAGCCAGAGUAGUCACCCAACUGACUUACAGGCAGACAGCCAGAGUAGUCACCCAGCUGACUUACAGGCAGACAGCCAGAGUAGUCACCCAACUGACUUACAGGCAGACAGUCAGAGUAGUCACCCAACUGACUCACAGGCAGACAGUCAGGCUAGUCACCCUACUGACUUACAGGCAGACAGCCAGACUAGUCACCCAACUAACUUACAGGCAGACAGCCAGAGUAGUCACCCAGCUGACUCACAGGCAGACAGUCAGAGUAGUCACCCAACUGACUUACAGGCAGACAGCCAGAGUAGUCACCCUACUGACUUACAGGCAGACAGCCAGAGUAGUCACCCAACUGACUUACGGGCAGACAGCCAGAGUAGUCACCCAACUGACUUACAGGCAGACAGCCAAAGUAGUCACCCAGCUGACUUACAGGCAGACAGCCAGAGUAGUCACCCUACUGACUUACAGGCAGACAGCCAGAGUAGUCACCCUACUGACUUACAGACAGACAGCCAGAGUAGUCACCCAGCUGACUCACAGGCAGACAGCCAGAGUAGUCACCCAACUGACUUACAGGCAGACAGCCAGAGUAGUCACCCAACUGACUCACAGGCAGACAGUCAGAGUAGUCAUCCGACUGACUUACAGGCAGACAGCCAGAGUAGUCACCCAGCUGACUUACAGGCAGACAGCCAGAGUAGUCACCCAGCUGACUUACAGGCAGACAGCCAGAGUAGUCACCCGACUGACUUACAGGCAGACAGCCAGAGUAGUCACCCAACUGACUUACAGGCAGACAGCCAGAGUAGUCACCCAACUGACUUACAGGCAGACAGCCAGAGUAGUCACCUGACUGACUUACAGGCAGACAGCCGGAGUAGUCACCCAACUGACUCACAGGCAGACAGCCAGAGUAGUCACCCAGCUGACAGGCCGACUAACAAUCAUUGCGACGCACAGGCAGGCUGCGAGGCCUACAGCCCAAACGGCGACAGCCAAAGCAACAGUCAGACAAAGAGUGAAACUGGGGAGAGCCAAAGCGACAUCCGAGACAACAGCCGGAUGGACAGCCGCACUCACGGCCAGCCCGAUAGUCGACAUGGCGACGGUUGUAGCAGCAGCAGCAAUAGCAGCCAGACCGUCGGCCAGACAGGUGGCCAAAAUCAGAACAGUCUGACCAACAGCAGCCUCAUCGACAGCCAAAGCAGCAGCAGCAGCGGUGAGGCUUACAGCCAGGGCAACAGUAGCCACGGCAACAGCAGCCACGGCAACAGUAGCCAUGGCAACAGUAGCCACGGCAACAGCAGCCACGGCAACAGUAGCCACGACAACAGUAGCCACGGCAACAGCAGCCACGGCAACAGUAGCCACGGCAACAGCAGCCGCGGCAACAGCAGCCGCGGCAACAGCAGCCGCGGCAACAGCAGCCGCGGCAACAGCAGCCGCGGCAACAGCAGCCGCGGCAACAGCAGCCGCGGCAACAGCAGCCACGGCAACAGCAGCCACGGCAACAGCAGCCACGGCAACAGUAGCCACGGCAACAGCAGCCACGGCAACAGUAGCCAUGGCAACAGCAGCCACGGCAACAGUAACCACAGCAACACCAAUAACAACAACCACGUGAGCAGCCACAGCGGCGACAGUCAGACUGACAGCUGUGAUGGCAACAGCACGUCCAUAGCCAUCAGCCCUAGCAACAGCCCUAGAAACUGGCCUAGCAACUGCCCUAGCAACUGCCCUAGCAACAGCCCUAGCAACAGCCCUAGCAACAGCCCUAGCAACUGCCCGAGCGACAAGGGUCAGAACAACACUCCGAGCGUUUUGCAGGCUGACAUGGAAACAGGCGGAGGGUUUGUGGGUGAGAAUGGAGAGGUGGUUGCCAUGGAGGUGGCGAAGCUGGCUGCUCUGGAGAUGGAGUCAGCGGUCGCCUUGGAGACGACGAAGAAUUCGGUUGCCGCGGAGAUGGACAAGACGGUUGCCGCGGAGAUGGACAAGACGGUUGCCGUGGAGAUGGACAAGACAGUUGCCAUGGAGAUGGACAAGAUGGUUGCCGUGGAGAUGGACAAGACGGUUGCCGCGGAGAUGGACAAGACGGUUGCCAUGGAGAUGGACAAGACGGUUGCCGCGGAGAUGGACAAGACGGUUGCCGUGGAGACGGGGAGGGCGGCCAUCUUGAAAGCAGCACAAAGAGAUGAGCAGGAGAGGAGAGAGAGGAAGCAGCGUCUCGAGCAAAUCAUGUCCCGGACUCGGAAGAAUCACGGACACAGACGGAGGCAGGAGACUGUCCCCGUGUCCCCCUGUCAGCCUGUGUCCCCGUGUCCACCUGUGGAUACCUAGUCGCAGUGUUUAGAGACACGGACACGUACACAGACACAAAGACGGACACACACAGACGCUGCCUACCAAGUGCUCAAAUAAGCUUUGAGAGAUGCUUGGAGUUACACUGACAGACAGAAAUAGGAACAUGGGUUUUAGAGAACACACAGAGGGUACAGACAUCGUCAUCACCAUCCUCAUCACUGGUCUCCAUCCAGCAGUAGAUAGACAUGUUGAUGAAGAUUACACUGAGAGGUAGAGAGAGGAACAUGUGGAUUACAGAGACCCAUAAACUCAUCACACAGAGACCCACAGACGCACACAGACACCCACAGACUCGUCACACAGAGACCUAUAGACUCAUCGCACAGACA